AUGGCAUCCAGUGAGUUGGCAGCUGGGCUGGUCUUCCUCCUGCAGACUGGAGUUGGAAUCCUGGGGAAUGUGUCCCUCCUCUACCUUUACAUAUUCGCUUUCUCCACUAAGCACAGCCAGAGGCCCACAGACUUCAUUUUGAGCCAUCUAAUGUUAGCCAACUUCCUAGUCCUUUCCUCAAAGGGAAUCCACCACACAAUGGCUGCCUUUGACUUGCAGUAUUUCCUGGGAGAUGUUGAAUGUAAACUUAGUUUUUAUAUUCACAGAGUUGCCCGGGGUGUUUCACUCUGUACCACCUGCCUGUUGAGCGUCUUCCAAGCUCUCACAAUCAACCCUAGAAAUUCUAGAUGGACCAAAUUUAAACUGAAGGCCCUUAAAUGUGUUCAACCUCCCUGUUACAUCUGUUGGAUUCUUCAUUUCCUGGUAAAUACUAUUGUGCCGCUGAGAGUGAUUAGCCCAAAGAACACUACAAAUAGUACAAUAAACGAUUUUGGGCUGUGUUCUACAGGAAGGUCUAAUUCAUUCGUUAGGUCACUCUAUGCAGUUCUCUUUUCCUUUCUCGAUAUCCUGUGUUUGGGACUCAUGGCCUGGGCCAGUGGUUCCAUAGUAGUCCUCCUGCAGAAGCACAAGCAGCAAGUCCAAUACAUUCGCACCGGCUCUCCCGGGGCCUCCCCAGAGACCUCAGCUGCACACACUGUGCUGCUUCUGGCAAGCUCAUUUCUGUCCUUCUAUCUUCUCUCCUCCUCCUUGACACUUUACAUGACUUACUUCGGCAGCUCCAGCCGGCAGCUGAUGAAUAUCACUACGUUCCUGGCUGCCUGUUUUCCAACUCUCAGCCCCUAUGUGCUCAUCCACUGUGAUGCUCGCAUCUACACAAACUACCUGGCCAGUGGGAAAACAAAAACAUCCCACUAG